AACACUUCCCAGAGUUUGUGGGAGCAGCAGAAGUUGAAAUCAGUCCAAGCAGCUGUGACUCGGUCUAAAGUCUUUAUAGAAACAAAACAAGAUGAAAACUUUGCUUUUGUUGCUUCUCUUCUGUCGUGUUUCAUCAACUGCGAAACACUCACUGAAGUUUUACUUCACUGCCUCCUCUGGAGUCCCAAACCUUCCAGAGUUUAUGAUCUUAGUUCAGGUGGAUGACAUCUGGGUGGGAUACUGUGAUGGCAGCAACAAGAUAUAUGAACCAAGACAGGACUGGAUGAAAAAAAUACUUGAUGACAAUCCUCAAAUCUGGAAAUGGCAAACUGAACAGUGUUUUCAGAUUCUUCCUCCCCUCUUCAAAAUCUGGAUGAACAGUUUAAUCCAGCUCUUCAACCACAGUGAAGGUUCAGGUCUUCACAUUUUACAGACUAUUGAAGGUUGUGAAUGGGAUGAAACGACUGGAGAGGUCACUGGUUUUUCAUGGUAUGGUUAUGAUGGAGAAGACUUGAUUGAACUGGAUCUGAAGACGUUGACGUGGACCGCUCUGAGACCAGAGGCUGAAAUUAUCAAACAGAAAUGGGAUGAAGAUACCCUUAGAAUAAAAGAUGAUGUGGAAUUCCUCACUCAGAUUUACCCUGAGUGGCUGAAGUUGAUUUUGAAGUAUGGGAACAGCUCUCUGCUGAGAACAGACGUCCCCUCAGUGUCUCUCCUCCAGAAGACUCCCUCCUCUCCAGUCAGCUGCCACGCUACAGGUUUCUACCCUGACAGAGCCUUGAUGUUCUGGAGGAAAGAUGGAGAGGAGAUUCAUGAAGGAGUGGAACAUGGAGAGAUCCUCCUCAACCAUGAUGGAUCCUUCCAGAUGAAUGUUGACCUGGACAUUUCAUCAGUUUCACCUGAAGACUGGAGGAGGUACGACUGUGUGUUUCAUCUCUCUGGUGUGGAGGACGACAUCAUCACCAAACUGGAUGAAACACAGAUCAGAACCAACUGGGUUGAGGAGUCCAGUAACCAGACCUCCAUCAUCAUCUCUGCAGUGGUUGUUGUUGUUGUCGUCUUUGCAGCAGCUGCUGGAUUCAUGGUUCAUAGAAAGAAACAAGACCAAAAGGCUCCACCUGAUAGUGAAGAAGUUCUGAGCUCUCUGAGAGACUGAAUCCAGAAACCUGCCUAACCAGUACCAUGAGUUUCUUUAUAUGGGAUCAUCUUUACUAAAUUGAUGUCAGUUGUUGAAUAGAUUUGUUCUACUUUAAAGUUCACUAUAACUUUAACAUUUCACUAGUUUUCUUGAUUCUGUAAUAUUCUCUCUCUAAGGAUUGUGUGGAUGGAAAUGGAUUUUCAAAUGUGUUUUUUUGUUCCUCUGUCACAUGUUUACUUCUGAGAAACUAAAAACUUAAUGACUUGGUUCUAUUUCCACUUUUGGUUGACACAGCCACCACAAAUCCUGUCAGCAGGUUUCAGUUAAACACAUUCACAUCAGUCCAACCAGCUGAUGACUUGGUCUAAAGUCUUUAUAGAAACAGAAAAAGAUUUAAAUGAUUUUUUAUUAAGAUCAAUUUAUUCUGUUUCAAAUGAUCUCAUCAACCAUUUGUGAUUUCUCCAGACUGUUUCCUUCAUUUACUAAGAGUGACUCUGUUUGGUUUCAGACCUUACAGAACUCUCUGAGACUGGAUCCAGAAACCUGACUAACAAAUACCAUGAGUUUCUUUAUAUUUGAUCAUCUUUACUAAAUUGAUGUCAAAGUUGUUGAAUAGAUUUGUUGUAUUUUAGAGUUGACUAUAACUUAAACACUUGAUACUGGAUCAUAUCAUCAACCAGUGGAGUUUACAGUUAGAGACCAGAUCAGAUGAAGUCUAGUGGAACCAGGUAGUGAUGGUGGUUUAAUUACUGAGCAGGAAAUCACAUUCAUAUAAAAGUAUUUGUUCAGUCAACUGAGCCAGUGAAUGUAGUUUAUUCCCUGGAGAUAAAGUGAAGAUAUAAAAUGGAGAUGAAUAAGUUAAUGUGCUCUUUGUGUGUGAUAAGAUCCUGUCAUAUCUUUGGUUCUUCUUUUUUUUUAAGAGAAGUUAAAGUUAAAGUAUUUGUAAAGCAUAUAAUUUUCUGAAGUGUUCCUAUUUUUUUUUUAUUUAUAAAAAGGAAGUAAAAAUAAAAUUCUCUUUCUUUGUA